AUGGCGAGCAGCUCUCCGAUUUUCCCCAGGUCGGAGGUACACUACAGCGACUACGGGUUCGACGCCGAGAUUGACUUCUUCCAGGUUCGACUGUCUCUCCAUAGAUUGACUUCUUCGAGCUUCCACUGUCUAUCUCUUUCUCUCACUAAGCGGGAAGAAGUUCAGGCGCUGCACCAGGCGAGGAAGCAUGGGAAGAGGGAGGCGAGGCCCCUCGAGGGCUUCCGCUUCAAGCUGCAGAAGCCCAUCUCCAAGGGCGGCUCCUCCAAGGCCAAGAAGCGGGGCAAGUGGUGGCGAAGCGCCCUCGUCUUCUGGCGGCGCAUCCGCAUCACCCAGCCAGCGCCGCCCUCAUCCUCUACCUCCGCCGCCGCCUUCCCGGUCUUCUACACGACGGAGGGCGACGGCGGUGGCGGCCCCUGGCCGUUGACCCCGCGCCGCCGUAGCGUCACCGCCGCCUCGGGGGGGAUGAAGUUGCCUUAUCUCUGUCUAAGGGACCUCGCCGCCGUGGACUUCUCCUCCCCCUCCUCGUCGCCGGCGGCGCCCCUCUACCUCGUCACCUAG